UUUGGAGGGAGGUGUAAGAGGGAUUUGUUUGGAGUAAUUUACAUCCCCUCUGUGAUUGGCUGAUUAGCCGUAGCUAAACUUUCGGGGCAAGCACAGCGUCGAGAAGUUCAUAGUGCACAGAAAACGUAGGAGAAGGAGAAAAAGGAGUCGUCAUGGCCCAGAAAAACAACCUCCAGGUCAACAUCAGGGAAUACCGACCCUCCGAUCAUGGUGUGGUCACAGAGUUGUUUGGUGACAGCAUCCGCGAGAACAUAUACCCGGCCUUCUUCAAGUCCAUGAGCCACUCUGACCACGUGGGUGUGGCACUAAGCAUCUCCAUGGCUGGCUACGUGCUUGGGGGCAGCUCCUACUUCCAGGCGCUGCUCUUCGGCGCGGCGUGGGCCGGGUUCAUCUAUUUCUGCUGCCACGAGAUCUACGAGGGCUACAUGCUGAGGAGGCUCAACACAGACAUGGCUGACAUCCAAGCCAACUACUUGGACAACCCAAAUAAUGGCUUCUGGGUGGCAGAGGCAGCAGACAGAGAACUGUCCAGGGUGGUGGGCAUGGUGGCGGUGAUUGGGCGAAGGGAAACAGAAGAAGGUGAGCAGCGUAACAACUUGAACGGCGGUAUGAGGACAGGAUCAUCGGCCGACGGGAGCGGCGAUAGCGGCAAGAUGUCCCACUUGGCUGUGGCGUUCCCGUGGCGUCGUAGGAAGGUGGGCUCCCACCUGACACAGCGGGCGUUAGACUUUUGUAAAGAACGGGGCUUCGCACGUCUUGUGCUGGAUGUCAGCUCGCCACAGACGGGGGCCGUCUCGCUUCUCCGAAAAAGUGGCUUUAUUCAGACGUCGACGCACAACGACACACACGCCAAUCGCUGGAUCUCCAAACUGGCCAGAAUCAGUGUGACACGCAUGGAGAAAAUCCUCUGAAAGACUCAAUGACUUCUUCCCACCUGGACUGUGCAGCACAUUAUUCUAAUUGCAUGAUGCAAAGCAACUUUAGUUGGUAGUUCCUCAUGUAGUGGCCUCCACUUGAAUAGAUAUCCGGCCAGACUUAAUUACUAGGUGUCAUGCACUUGACCAAAUAAACCCCUGUCCUCAAAUAGAUGCCUCCUUUUGUCUCGUCAAGAAGACAUGCAAAUGGUUGUAAUUACAUUUAGGUGUCACCUUGUGUCACAGUCGACUACCGAACCACAAACACUUCAAAGCAAACAUGCCUUGCGUUAAGCUGUAGUUGACCAAUGAAUUUAAAGAGAUAAAUGGCUUCAGUUUGCGGUGAUUAGCAAAAGUUGCUACGUUUGUGUGAUCUGAAAAAAAAAACAACAAAAGACCCAUUUCAUGUCCACUGGAGAGAGUUCCUCGCUGGAGGGAGAAAAAGAAAGUCAGCAAGA